AGCUGCUGAAUUACUGUAGGCUAUAAAUAAAUUGUGCAUUCACUUUGUGUGUAGGCCUACCUCACAUGCAGUGGAUGCAUUCUCUAUUAGGCCUGUUUGUUGUUGUUUUUUGGUUCAGUUUCUUUUCAUAUUUUCCAAAACCCUCACAUGAAUUGCUAAUAAUGUAUGCUAGUGAUGUGUUUUGUUGGGCCAGAAAUGUUUAUUAGUUUACACCUAUCCUUAAUAUACUUAGGCCCUAAUAAAUAAACCAAACUAUGUUUCUGCGGGCCCUUAAGAAUUUCAUCUUUAAUCAAAUAGGUUGACUGAUUUUUGUAAUUAUAUGGAAUCCUUGUAAACAGAGUAAUCAAAUUACGUGUUUUGUGAUUUAAUCUGUAAAAAUAAAAGAGCUCCUUACAAAGACUUCACAAAAAUCUUUCAAACGAAACAAUUGUUUAGAUUUAAGAAAAAUGUACCAAAUAAUUCGUACCAUCAUUUUUAGAUUCGACACCGUAAAAGUGUUCAAAGGGACACCACUCUCGACAUUCGAGUUUCAUCAUUCGUCAACAAAAGUUUCAAGAUGGCGGGUCAUAGUAACGAGAGUGAACCGACAUCGACAAUGGAGCCACUUGUUUUGCCUCAUGUAGCGGAUAAAGCGUUGUCUGAUAUUACAGCCUUGCUCAGAGAGGCUUCAUCCACCUCUUGUAAUGAAAAGAAAGUAAAAGUGCUCCUUAAAGCGUCUGGAUUGAUUCAGGAAUUACAUGAAAGAUUUACGUCAAUUGAUGCAGAUUGUGUGGGAUUCACACUUGCUUUACAGCAUGUUUUGCGAUCUUGUGUUGUUUCAACGUUUUCCAACAGAGACUACUUUUCAUAUUCUUAUGAGGAUUUUGAAGGGAUUUCUUUUGUUAGCGAGGCUGUUUUACAAGUAUUAGUAGCCGUUUUAGUUGCUGCAGUAAAAGAGAAAAGAGCAGGAGAAAACGUGCCUCAGUUGGUUGAGUUGUUUUGUGAUGAAAUUGUGUUAGAUUUAUUGAUAAUAAUAGGGGCAAAUAUCGAGGACUCCUUGUGGUCCUCUGUCAAAGCUUCAGAACUCAGUAAUGAAGUGCUGAACAAUGUCCUCAAGUUAUUUUCUUGUGAGACUGUGAACGAAUUACUUUGUAUGGAAGUGAAGACUGCUAAUCAUCAAAACGUUAAAAAAGUGACACUGUUCUCUUUGUUUCUUAGUCAUUCCAAGGAUUUCCUGUCAAAAGAACAGUGGCAACGUAACCCAUAUAUGUGCAAAGUAUUUUGCUGGUUUCUUAGUCAGGCAAAAUUCCCACUUUUGUCUGACCACAUUGAUUUGAUUUUAGCAGUAUCCUUGAAUUUUCUUCUAGAUCAUCAGGAACUCAAUAAAGUUCAGGGUCUAAAAGUCAUUCACCAUUUGGUACUGAAUGUUACGAGUGAGGAGAUUAGGUGGUACAAUCGUAUAGAAGUGGUGCACCAAGCUUUAAACCAGCAAUUGCACUCAAAGGAGUGCUUAGUUUUGAGUGAAUUAUUGCCUACUUUAUUUGCAAGUGUUUGUGUUCUUGACAAGAAUACUACAAGCGCUGAUUAUCAUUGUGGUCUGCUUGAGACAUUACUUAGAAAUGCAGACAUGGAAAACCUUCUCGUCUUACGUCGGCUGUACAUGUCUAACAUUAAGAUUCUGAUUCAGCAAAUGGGCUUUCCAUCUGCUGGGAAGCUUGGACUUAUCCUUGGGGUUAUUAGUAACUACCUACAGAUAGAUGAUGGAUCAUCUGAUAUUUGCCGUGUGAAGACACUUGAAGUGCUGCAAACUAUUGUUGAGGUUGCAUGGCCACGAAUCCCACCUCACAGAGACACCAUUCUCAAAUGCUUGUUAAAGGUUUUGGUUGAUAUCCAGACACUGCAUUACCAGGAAACUCACUCGAAGGAAGCUCAAAUGCAAAUGAAAGAAAAAAUAAAUGGAAUUUGUCAAAUGCUCUGCAAAGUGUGUCCAAGUGCAACAAAAUGUUUCGAAGCUUUAAAAGAUUCAAAUCAUGUGUCUCAUUUGUUAUGGACAUAAAAACAGACCUGCCAAGUAGAUAGGGCUACUCCAAUAAAAUUGGGGAUCUGCAUGUGUGUAUGUAAAUGAAUAUAUUUAUGAAAAUACACAUUUUUGAUUGUGUUUGUUUGCAAUAUUGCGCACAUUAUCUUGAAUAAGGUGAAAAAUUAGCAUGAUAUUUUUAUAUUUGUGUUAUUUAAAAUAUUUGCGCAACUUCUGUAAAAUGAAGUGAAAAUACACUUAUAAA